AAAACCAUUUAAGAGGUAACAGCCAAAGCCAAUUUUGCCAAGGCAAGCUAAAACUCUCAGACUCUCUAAAAGGACUUCAAACAAGAAAAGAAAGGAAUUCAUUGCACCACUAUAUCUCUCCCUCUCUCUCUCUCUUUCUUCCUCUCCCUCCCUCCCUCUCUCUCUCUCUCUCUCUCUCUCUCCAAAUGGCAAAUUUCAAUAGCAGAAUUUCCAUCAUCCAUACUUUUCUUGUGUGUUCUCUCUAUUUCUCAGAUUUUGGCUUUCUACAAGGAGUUACAUCAUUUGGAAUCAACUAUGGUCAACUGGGCAAUAAUUUGCCACCACCCGACGAGGUCCUCGAAUUGUUAAGCUCUCUCAGGCUGACAAAAGCAAGAAUUUACGACACCAAUCCUCAAAUUUUGUCAGCAUUCGCCAACUCCAGCGUAGAGCUCAUUGUCACAGUCGAAAAUGAAGUGCUAGCUCAGCUAAUGAACCCUCAACAAGCCCUUCAAUGGGUAACCACCCACAUCAAGCCCUACUUUCCAGCCACAAAAAUCACAGGCAUAGCCGUAGGAAAUGAGAUCUUUACUGAUAAUGAUAAAACGCUAAUGUCAUAUCUUGUUCCAGCCAUGGUGAGCAUUCACGGUGCUCUUGUUCAAUUAGGCCUAGACUCACAUAUUCAAGUCUCGACCCCUACUUCUCUAGCGAUUCUUGCUGAGUCGUAUCCACCUUCGGCCGGUAGUUUCAAAAACGAGUACUAUGGUACCAUGUCACAAGUGUUACAGUUCUUGUCAAGCACCAAAUCACCAUUUUGGGUUAAUGCCUAUCCAUAUUUUGCUUAUAAUGGUGAUCCAACUCGCAUUUCUUUAGACUAUGCGCUUUCCAAUCCUAACGCAGGAAUGAUUGACCCUUAUACCAAGCUACAUUAUGAUAAUAUGCUCUAUGCCCAAGUAGAUGCAGCCAUUUUUGCUGUUGCUAGAAUGGGUUUCAAUGGAAUAGAGGUCAGGGUUUCAGAGACUGGGUGGCCAUCAAAAGGGGACGCUAAUGAAGUUGGUGCAACCCUAGAGAAUGCUGCAGUUUAUAAUAGAAAUUUGUUGAGAAGGCAAUUGAAAAAUGAAGGUACUCCAUUGAGGCCUAACAUGAGGUUGGAAGUUUAUGUGUUCGCUUUGUUCAAUGAGGAUUUGAAGCCUGGACCAACUUCAGAAAGGAAUUAUGGUCUCUAUCAACCUGAUGGAACCAUGUGUUACAAUGUAGGCCUCUCUGCCUUAUCAACUCCUUCCACAACUUCCUCAACUUCAACUGCUACCGUUUCUUUUACUUCUUCUUCCACUAAGGCAGCAACAAUGGAAUAUCAAAGCUUGGUGUACUGGAUGUUUGUGUAUUUGCUGACCAUCCAAGUUUUUAUGAGAAGAUUAUUUUAAGGAAAUGGAAGUCAUGUAAAUAUCACU